AGUCUCUCUCUCUCUCACUCGCUUUUCACCUUCAUCCUCAAUAAAAAAGUAAUUCUACUUCUUCUUCUUCUUCUUCUUCUUCUUCUUCUUCUUCUUCUUCUUCUCUCCUUGAAUCUCACAACUCAUUCAAGGACUUGGGUUGCUUUGGGAUGGCUGCUGCAGAGCUGCAAUCUUCAAAGGAAGAGAUGGUGGCUUGGGUGAGGGCCCUGGAGGAUGCUUUGCUUCCAUGCUUGCCUGCCAGAGAGCUUCAAGCAAUUGACCGCUCUCCCCACCCUUCUCAUCAGAUUGAUGUGGAGAGACAUGCCCGAGAUUUUAUGGAUGCUGCUAAAAAGCUCCAGCUGUAUUUUCUUAGUCUGCAACGUGAGGAUCAGCCAACAGAUGCCGAACAACUUAGAAAGGAGAUUUCUGUGAUGGAAGACGAGUUGAAGAAAAAGACUGAGAUUAUUGAGAAGCAUGAAAGGCUUAUCCAGGGGUGGAAAAAGGAGCUAAAAGACCAAUUGAACAAGCAUAAUACCGAGCUUCAGAAAGUGUAGUUACUUGAGCAAGAUUCUGGAUCCAAGAGGUAUGUAGCUUGUAAGUUGUCAUCCCAUCGAACGUGGAUAAAUGCUGACAGUGGUGGUAAUUCUUUCUACUCAAUGUAAAUUGAAGGAGAGACGGUUAGCUAGUAAUGGUGAGCUUGACUCCACCAAAGCAGUUGAAUCUGAAGUGCUUCAUGAUUUUUCUGCUCUUGGUGUCACCUUUCUAGCCUCUUUACUUCUCUUCAUAAGUAAUAGUUCUCAGGUUUUCAUUUGUGUCGUAGCUUGUUGAUCACUGAUGUAUGACCUACAAAAUAGGUUCUGUAUACUCUUCUUAUCAAAGGCAGAAUGAACUUCUGAAGUCCAAAAAAAUUAUGAGAACUCUAUCUUUCUUCG